CAGGCCUGUGCUUGCUGGCCAGUUCACCCUCCUGCCCUCACUCGCCGCCAUGGCUCGGCAGCUCAACAUGGACACGCUGCGGCAGGACUUCUGGAAGGAGGAUUACCUGAGGGAGAAAAUGCUGCGCUGCAAAUGGUACCGCAAGUACGGCUCGCUGGUGAAGGCCGAGCAGAAGGCCAAGGCCGCGGCCCGGCUACCCCUCAGACUGCCCACUCUCCACCCCAAGGCCCUACUCUCCCCGCCGCCUGCCCCCAGGGCAGUCCCUGUCACGACCCCCAGCCUUGUCGCAGAGGCCCCUCUGCAGUCAGAGAUGUACCCGGUGCUGCCCGCCACCCGGGCCCUGCUGUAUGAGGGCAUCUCCCACGACUUCCAGGGGCGCCACCGCUACCUCAGCACCCGGAAGCUAGACUUGCCAGAAACACGCUACCUCUUCCCCAUCACCACCAACUUCACCUACGGCUGGCAGCUAGGUCCCCCAGCCAAGCAAGAGGUGGUCUCCUGCAAAAUGUGCCGCAUCGAGUCGUUCUUCCGCAAGAACGGGGCCUUCGCACUGCUUGACCCCCGGGACCUGGCCCUCUGACCUUGCGCCAGACACCGGGUCUUAGGACAAGGGAGAAGGAAUAAGAGUCUCCAGCUGGGGAAGCUCC